AUGUGGUCCGCGCCGCGUACGCGUAACUCGACGGCGGUGUGUCUCGCAAAUCAUAGCGAGCUGCAGUACGCGCCUUACGCUGAGAUUGAGCUGGCCAGUCUAAGAUCCGCAGCUAUCGACGCGACAAUGUACGUACGCCGCAAGAGUUGGAUCGGCGUGCUUUCACCGCUGAUACUGAUGCUGAUCAGCCGAGGCGAUGCAGCGCGGACCAACUACGACGACGUUUUGGAGAGCCAGCUGAUCGAUGACCAGUUGCGGCUGCUCGGGCCAGAGGGUCUGUUGGAAAAUUGGCGCCGACUUGUCCGCGAGGAGAGCAGUCGCGGUCGCGUGGGAAACGACACAGGCUGUGCUCGAGAUUUGGCGAUUUACGAGCGCGCGAUCGACCAGAGAGAGUCCUGGGCCUUAAAAAUGCUGGACGCGUCGUCGAAGCUGCCGGUGGGCGUGCUGCAGGGCCACGUAAUCGACAUGGGAAUGUUCGACGAGUGCACGGAGGCGCGCGGACAGAGGGCCGGCUUUGAGAUUCGCGGCAGGCACUGCAUGUACGCGAUCAAGUCGGGCCCGGAAGAGCGCUUCAUCCUCGAUCCAACGCUGUCGAUAUGCGUGCCCGCGAGUUGCGGCGCCGAGGAUGUCACUGGCCUCUUGCGUGACGCCAUCGGUACCAGCGAAAAGCUCCAAAUUCUCGGCGUAAGCGUCGUUUCUGCUAGCUGCACCGCUUUGCCAUCGGACCUGGCGACGAGGAGCCCAGCAUUCGUCAUCAGUUUCACAAUUGCCGGUGCCUACAUCACUUUUCUGGUCUUCUGCACGCUCUACGACUUGGCGCUGAGGAGAAGAAAGCUCGGGCAGAGUUCGUCUGCCAGUUUGUUCGAGAGACUUUCGCUGUUGAAAAGCGCCGAAACCAUCCUCAGCACAAAUACACGCGACAACAAUCUGCCGGUUAUUCAUGGAUUACGUGCCAUCAGCACCUGCUGGAUAGUACUGGUGCACGAAUAUUUGGUACAACUUUUAGGAGUGAACGUCAAUGCAGUUUACAUCACAAAGUGGUUUUCGUCUUGGGGAUCCAUGUAUCCACUCGUCGGUGUAUUUUCCGUCGACACAUUCCUUGCUCUCAGUGGCUUUUUGAUGGCUUGGAAUUUUUUUAAGCAUAAAACGAGCAACUUCAACAUUGCUCUCUACUAUUUGCAUCGCUUCAUUAGAUUGACGUUUCCGGUGGUGACGCUCACCGUAGCUACAUUCGUAUUGCUGCCUGGUCUCGGCGCCUCGGGAGCUCGUUACGAGUGGUUGCAAAAUAUUUUUGUCACGGGAUGCGGAUCAAAGUGGUGGUCCGUUCUGCUGUACUUUCAAAACUUUUUUGAAACGGAUAAUUACUGCUUGUUACAUCUAUGGUCACUAUCUGUAGACAUGCAGCUCUACUGGCUAUCGCCUAUCGUUCUGUACCCGCUGUACAAACGGCCGAGACUGGGCUUGACGCUCUUAUUUACUCUGAUUUUGACUGUUACACGUGCCAUGGAGGCUUUUCAAAAUGUAUAUCAAAUGACGUAUACCCGUGCAUCUCCCUGGCUUAUUGGCAUUCUGUUUGCUUACAUAGUAACUCAGCACAAGAGCGUCCGGCCGAAUAAGACUCUCAUCUCGAUUGGAUGGCUGUUGGCAAUUGCAUCCUUCCUGUUCUGUAUGCUGGGUACAAGAUAUUUCACGCAUGCAAAUUACGAGUAUAAUUUAGUGCGCGAAGUGACUUUCGCUGCCUUACAGAGACCGUUAUGGGCAUAUGGUAUUUGCUGGAUUAUUUAUACGAGCAUUCAUAAUGACGCAGGACCUAUCGCAAAUUUCUUGUCGGCAAAAAUUUUUCUGCCAAUCAGUAGAAUAUCAUACAGCAUUUACCUAGUGCAUCUAGUUUUACCAGCUUUACAAGUGGGAACUUUGAGGACGGCCAAAUAUUUUAAUCAGUACUCUAUUCUUCAAUCCUACAUCAGUGAUAUGGUGCUGGCGAUUAUAGUUGCUUUCUUCUUUAGUAUUCUAUUUGAAAUGCCAAUUUUAAUUUUGGAAGAUACAAUAUUCAAGAGAAGACAAAUUCGAGAAAAGUUGCACAAAACGAAAUAA